AGUCGGGCAGCGCAGCACACCAGAAGAAUUUCUUCAUAUCAAUUCAGAUGCAUUUUUCCUAUCUUUUUUUGUGACAAUGCGCUUCAGCUUUGGCCAAGAGGAGGCAUUUCUUUUCCACAAUGGGGAUGUCUUUCUACUCUUUGUGGAUUUCUAGGAAGAAGAUUUAAUCAGGAUAAGACCUGUGUCUCUCCAUUGGUAGGAUUGUUAAUGGUGCCUGCACGGGGGCUAAGACCUAUUUUACUGAAGACUUUAGCUGGAUUUGUGCAGUCAGGUUUCAUUUCUAUGGGUGGAGUAAAUGAAACUAGUUUGGCUGCAUAUCACUGGAACAAUUUUAUUAUUUUAAGCUAAUUUAAAUCUGGGGGGAGGGGGAGGGAUAACACAACAAAAGAACCUCUGUCUAAAAAUGAGAGACUUGUGGGACAGAAGAUGAGACAAGACAAGGAGGAAUGGAUUGCUUGCAGCAGUGCAGUCAGUGCCCAGCCUGUAAGAAAGAAUACAACGUUGCCCUGAUUUUACCGUGCUCUCAUAGCUUGUGUGCUCGCUGUGUGGCAGCUGGAGAGGGAGCCGUGCCACGCCGCCCUGGCAGCCACAGUCUGCUGCAGCCUGUCUGCUCUGUGCUGUGCCCCUGCUGUCGGUAUCAUGUCGAGCUGCCGUGUUGGACCUGGUCGUCUGCCACUUCCUGUCUGCCCAAACAUCCCACCCUGAACUUUCCAUGUGACAGCACUCACACAGACAACAAAUCACCGGAGGAAAAUGACUGUGAUAAACCAGCACCAACCCAUGUAAUUAUAGAUGGUGCUGUGGAUCUAGAUGAGGAGGAUAUGAAGCAGUCUGUCUAUGGACUGUGUUUUGCACUGGAUCCUUCAUCUGUCCCACCAUCCCUCCAUCUCUCUAACUCCUGCUGUACUGUCAGCUACUGUGGAGGUAGUCUUCCUGCUCUGCAUCUUCAAAACCAGACCAGAGUUAACUCAGACUGUGUGUCCCUCCCUCAUGUGUGUGCUGAUGUUGUGAUUACUCGGGGACAAUACUACUGGGAGGUGGAUGUCUGUAACAGCUCCGUCUACAGAGUUGGUGUGAUGUCGUUGGAUGGUAGCGGCUGGUGGCUAGAGACAAACGGCUUGUCCUUCAGUGCAGUGUAUGAUGGGAGUUGUGAGACAGUUUGCACUGUCCCACCAAAGAUCAAAACUCUGGGGAUUUUCCUCAAUGUUGGAGGGGGCACCAUUAGCUUUUACAACCCUCUGACCCAGGAGCAUCUUGCCUCUCUGCCCACCAGGUUUAGCCCUGCAGGUGUGCUCCCGUUCCUCAGCCUCGGUCAGGGCAAGCUGAGGCUGCGCUGUGGCCUCCCCCCACCAUCUUUUGUGUUUCUAGGUAAGUCUUCGGCCUACAGAGGGCGCUGUAAGCCCAGUGGAGCUCAGUGGCGCAGUGAUGUUUCCUUCCCAUUAGUGAGAAGAGUGAUAGAGAAAUUUGAGAGGCUGGCAUCCAAUUCAGAUUCAGACCCGGUGUCCAGUUUUGCAUCUUCCAGUUGCAGUUUGAUGUCUCCUCCAGGGGGUCAGACGUGUGACCCCCUCCCUCCAGAGAAGAAGAAAAAAAAUUAAACUUGGUUUGGAAAAAAAAAUAACUUCUAAGACUGUCCACACAUGAACUUGUUUCCUUUUUAGCGACUUUUUUUUGACAUUUCUUAAACUAUUAUCAGAAAUACAACAUUUUCUCUGUACUUUUUAUAACUGUUCACUGUGUAAAACCAAACAGCCUAUUUAUUCUUCAAAAGAACUGCGUAAAUCCAACUUUUAUAAAAAAAAAAAUGCACCAUACAAAAUGUCACAGAGAAGUGUCAUACGUUGAAGACAACAUAGAAUAUGAUCCAGACUAAUAAUCUAGUAAUCUUUCAUCUGGAGAUACGAGAACAACUUCAUCGCAGGUAUGGAGGACCGAAACUGACAUCAUUAAAUUUAAAAGCAAAAAUAUACAAAUAGACCAAUAAAAAUACAUUUGAAAU